AGAGUCCGCUCAUCUACCACACCAAUAGACAACGCCACAAAGAGUUUCUUGCCCCUUCUGUACAUGUCUUUCAAGCUGGUCGGUAGGGAUGCGGAAGAGAUUACAACUGUCUAACUAUUGACACUGUCAUGUACUAGCUGCACUGUCCGUCCAGCCACAGGGACAACAUGUAAACAACUAAUUGGACAAUUUCGUGGCCACGAGUGUCCCCAAAAAAUGUUGGUCAAAAUCUAUGUUUGUUUGUUGUUCUACUGGACAUUAGCAGUUCUCGCCACGGGUUUUACAAUUCUGGCAGAAGGCGGCCCAGCUACUGAAAGAACGACCGACUUGUCCCUGCGUUGUGACGUCACAGACCUGUCCCCCGAGGACGAGCUCGUACGAGUCACGUGGUCCUUUUACGACAGACAAUUUCAAAACUUCGUCGAAAUUUUCACCGCGGACCUAACGUCAGACGUCCCAGCGUAUUCCUUCUCUGACAGCUGGAAUGGAAGAGCCUUGUAUGAGGCUGCUGGAGUAGGAAAUAUUCUUUUACAUGCCCAAUAUGUCUCCAAAGACCUCAUGGGAGAUUAUAGGUGUCAGAUCAACUCUUUGCUAUCCAGUGGAGUGGCCAACGUUCAAGUGGAUGUUUAUUUUGGCCCUGGAACGAGCGUCAUGACCACGCCUGGUGGAAGAGUAGAGCAACAAGAAGGCGACAGCCUCACUCUGACUUGUACAGCGCAGUGCAACCCACCGUGUGCAUAUAGGUGGUAUAAGGCUGGGAAAAAAAUCUCGGACGAUGCUAUUCUAGAGAUGACCGGUCUGACGAACGCAGACGCUGGACUCUAUGCCUGUCAAGCCAGGAACGAUGCAGGGCGCAGCAUCAAACCAGUAGAUCUUCGCAUCUCUUACCAAGCCUCUCUUGUCUCCGUCAACAUAAGCGGAAUUGGUGUGGACUUGAACACCGGUUUUCAGAAGCUGGCAGACACAACGCAUAACCUUGUGGCCAGCUGUGAGGUCAAAGGUUGGCCUGAGGUCAGUGUCGAGUGGUUUAAAGAUGGAAUCAGCAGUUGGCAUGUUAACUCCUCGGUCAUUACCCAGUUAGAUUUGGACAGAAAGCUGAGUCAGUUUGAUAUCAACCCCCCUACUUGCUCGAGUAAUGGCGAGUACACAUGUAAGGCAUCUAACGGGUUUGGCAGCCCUGUGGCAUCCAGUGCGAUACUCAAUUUAGCCUGCUCGCCGUACGAGACAAACCACUCCAGCAAAUGUCAGUCCAGUUCGUCAGUGGAUUGGGUGGUUGAUAUAUUUCAGAGUGUUGAGUUUUUCUUGUGUUUUUACGGCUACCCGGAACCUGUGGUCGACAUCGUGGCCGAGACGGAUGUGUCUAAAGAAAGCGUGUACCAUUUGAAAGUUGUCUGCGACAGACACGAGAACCAGUGCGAGGCCAAACUCCAGCUGAACAUUACAGGGCCCCAACAUUAUGGUACUUAUCAAGUUAAGAUUUCAAACUCACAAGGAUUACUGCACAAGAAUUACAGGGUGAUUUCCCAGCAGCCUCCAAUAUCGCCAACUUUCUUCCACAUUGUCAAUUCAACUCAGACUUCCGUUUGCUUUGCAUGGGACCUGCAGUUUAAUGGCGGCUCAAAGCAAACAUAUUCUUUGAGUUACAGACAGAAAAAUAAUUUACUAGAACUUAAGUCAGACGAUGAUAGGUAUUUAGUUGUAAUGAUCGAGGAAGAUGAACCAUUCGCUAAGGCUCAAAAGGUGAUUGGGUCUUGUAUUCACAAUUUAGUGCCUUACUCUGAAUACGAAACUAUUUUAACCUCAUCCAACAAAUAUGGCCGGUCCAAGAUUUCACACAAAGUGACAUUCUCUUUGCCAACAAUAGACAGGGGGCCGAGUCUAACUUGGCUCCAAAACCCUCAUUCGGAUACACGCACUAAUGACGAUGAACCCAAUGGAGAAAGUGGAGAUUUGAUCAUGAGACCUGGUGGAAGAAAUCGUCAGAAGUCUCCCAAAAUUGAAAUCACAACAAAAGGCUUGUCCCAUUUAAAAGACUGGAAUAAAGAACUGUUGGACAAAUAUAACGACCUAGAUGACGACACGUUAGACGACCAUGAUGACGUAGAUGAAAACGACUUCCAACAACUUUUCGACUCAUUUUUCGCCCUGGAUGCAUUAACAGAUUUAAACAGCAGCUUUAAACCCAAAGCCUUCUCCAACUUUUCGGCUCAUUUGCGAAAACUAGUCAAUAGCUACGCGAGGACUCACCAAAAUGGGAGUAGACACAGCUCUCUUAACAAACUUAGCCUGCCAACACACUCGGCUGGAGAUUCGACCAGCAAAGGCUUAACUACAACAUUCUCCACUGCAGUGGAAGAUUCCCAAGAGCGGACAGGUUUCUUUAUUUCCCUGAUUGUGUCCGCCUCCUCAGUGACUGCUAUGUUCAUCAUGGCUACAGUGAUAACACUGGCCUGCAAAGGUUUGCUUAAAAAACGUCGGCGGUUGAAAGAGUGCCAAAAGAGACACAUGAAUAGAAUGAAAAUGAGCAGGGGCGAGACUGAUGGAAUGGAAGUGGUGGUUGGCAACCCCCGAAAUGACCAUCUUCAAACUGUUGAAAUUGUACCCUUUGCGGACCUCAACACUGUACCUACAACAUCACCGGCAAACAGCAUCCUAAGCGACAUUGGAGGCUUGCAUCCAUCAACCUCCCUAAGACCGAGACUCGCUACUCCUAAACUUAGCAGCUCACGCCAGAAACUAAUCUCUUCGUCUCUGACCAUGGGAGAGCACGAGGACUACUCAGCUACGCAUGAUAACAACGAUGUUCCUGAAGUGAAGAGAGCGUCUUGUCCUUCGUAUCUUGACCUCUGCGCCGGUGCAAGCAACGUUCCUCCAAUAGAAGCGCUAGGCACAUCUGAAGUUCUCAUCUCGCCCAGGUGUGUUGACAUGUUCUCUCUGUCUCGUGUGGAUACCCUCACACCACCACUGGGUCACUACUCUUCCACGGACUCCAUUGACCAGACCAGCGUAAAACAGCUGAGCGACACCGAGGAUUCCACCAAGUACCUUGACCUCUAUGAAGCUCUAGCCGUCAGGUCCAGGUCCAGAUCCCCUUCAAAUAUUUACGACCCGGUACACUUUGACAUUGUUAAGAUUGAGCCCAUAUUGCACUCUGAUUCAACGCACACUGCGCAUAAAUUUACCUCAGAUGCUUCUCAAACUAUAAACGAGGCGGUUAAAAAUCAAGUUAUUCAUCAUUCUAGAUUGAAGAAGCAAUCAAGUCAUCCAAACAAUGUGACUUCCCGAGUUCAGUCUCUUGUCCAAUGUUUAGAGGGAAAUAUAUUAGUCCCGGCAUCCCAGAAGUCAGAAAGACACCGAAACACUACAAUGGUAAACUACCCAAAAAUUGUUCAUUCCAUCAAUCGGACUAUUAUGCCAAAUUAUCCUGACCCCAGAAAAUCAUUAUCUGACGGCUACUUAAAACCGAGGGACUUAAGUUAUGUGAACGCUCAAUCCAUGAAAGAAGCUUCGUCCUCUGCCAACGUAAUGCCAUCCAAGGUUAAAACAAAAUGCAAAGUGAAUGAUACUUCGAUCUCCAAAAAUAGGAACUACGCCAACAUGAGAAAGUCUAAAACUCAAGGCGGCGAUGAAGUAUUCUGCAUCGAUAAGAUGAUCAAAGGCGCAACCAAUCAAAGCUCCUCACUUUAUGAAGAGGGUGUAACGUUUGCAAAAGAUUCUCAUUAUGUUGAUGUUGACAAGUGCCUGCACUGCCGGCCUUAUAUAGACAUGAAAGCUAAGUUACACUCGCAAAAGAAAAGUCUAAAAAGUUGUUUUAUAGAUCAUUCGGUUAGUGAAAGAAAACAAUCUCAGAAACAAAAAUCCGAUUUAUUGCGCGUGAAAUCGUGUGAUUUUAUUCGUCCUCUGAGUGUGGAAUAUCUAACUCCUUUUGUCAAGGGCCCAGUGCUGUCUAAACAAAAGAAAGGCAAAAGUCUAAACAAAUGUCAGAAACAUCAAACUCAACCAAAAUGUGAAAUCCAUGAUCAUGCGAGUAGUACUAAAGACCUGACAUCUCUGGAUACACGGCAAGACUCGCUCAACAAAACCAAUGACGUCAAAGCGUACAUGGUUACAGACUGUCUGAAUAUUAAUUUCCCAGAGGACAAUUGUAUCUUUGGCCCACGUGACCAAUCUCAGCCAGAUCAGUCCAAUAUUUAUGAUGAGGUAAUAACGCCUGUAGCCAACACAAAGUGAAGGACAACUUCAGGAGAAUGCAAUGGCUAGUGGGCUUCAUAAUUCAAUAGGGCUUGUGCCGCCAUUCAUAACUGGGACAGACAUACAGAAUGCUGGGUUGUCGAACAUUUUAUCUACAAACAUUCAUAUCCAUUAUAAAGUUGUGACUUGGUCUAAUAUGGCUUGUAUCGUGUGGAAUAAUGACUUCUGUAUAAAAAGGAAGUAAUGGAAUCCAUUCUGUAAGAACGUUUGCAACAUUAAAAAAAGAUAUCUACAGCUUUAUAAAUGUUCCCCAUAACUAUUUAUUAUAUCAUUAUCUUAAAUAGAAACAUGUACAUUUAGAACCAAAAUGAAAUUAUGGUAUAAGUUGUGUACAGCUUAGUGAGGCUUGUUAAAUUAGCACACUGAUUUGUUUCAUGAUAAGUCCACGAUGAUACACUGGUCUGUUAAAAUCUACACUAUACUAACAUUGUCUCAGUCAUGAAAAGCACAAGAUGAUACACUGGUCUGUUAAAAUCUACACUAUACAAACAUUGUCUCAGUCAUGAAAAGCACAAGAUGAUACACUGGUCUGUUAAAAUCUACACUAUACUAACAUUGUCUCAGUCAUGAAAAGCCCAAGAUGAUACACUGGUCUGUUAAAAUCUACACUAUACUAACAUUGUCUCAGUCAUGAAAAGCCCAAGAUGAUACACUGGUCUGUUAAAAUCUAUACUAUACUAACAUUGUCUCAGUCAUGAAAAGCCCAAGAUGAUACACUGGUCUGUUAAAAUCUACACUAUACUAACAUUGUCUCAGUCAUGAAAAGCCCAAGAUGAUACACUGGUCUGUUAAAAUCUACACUAUACUAACAUUGUCUCAAUCAAAUAGUUCUUACAAUUCAUCAAGAAGAAAUGGCCCUGAGUCUCAAUUAAGAACAGCUUUUUUACUUCUAAGUGUUUCUGUGUCAGAGCCCCACUACCAAACUAUUUCAGCAUUCUGAGCUACAGAAACGCGUCCAGGCGGCUACAGAGAGAAGAAGAAAAAAGAACCGAAACUAAAAUGUGAGAGUCAUUCAAGUCGCAUGUAGUACGGGUAGUAAUAUCUUUUUGUAACGAGCCUGUCACAUGAUGGCUGAAAGCUGGGUACAAUCACGACUUAUUGAAAUUUCUGCGAAAGAAUCUUGUUGCAGACGACUCUUGUGAAAACGUAUAAGAAGACUUACUACUAGUAAAUUGAAAUGGCAUUACAUUCAACAAUCACAAAGAGGAGUGGCUCAACCAGGAGAAACAGGCAGAGCUAUGUACAAAGAAAUGACCAUGCCUAAGUGGCCAGUAUUAACUAGGAACAGAACACACACCUUAAAAGAAUGAAUCUCAUACACCUACCCCUGUUAGACACUGCACCAACCCUUAUAAUUUGUAAACCAUAUCCUCUUUGAAUGCCCUGUCCUAAUUCACCUUAGGCAGACCCUACUUCCACUACAGCCCACCAUAACCAACACCCUGUACGGCAGUGCUGAACAACUGAAGAAAACAGCACACUAUUUUUCGUUGGCAGUCUGCAAAAAGAGCUAACAGCUCAGCAGCAAAAACGCUGGCUAGAAGAAAAAUAAUA